UUUGGAUCUCUAUAAACCCGGGCUGGUUGAAAAUUAUUGCCGACUGACGGAAUUACUGCACCCAUGUCAUCCUCGAUGCAGAACGUCGAUCCAAGAACGGAGCAGCAUUAUAAUCCCCAUCCCGAAUAUCCCAAUGAAAUUGACGGCAAGCUGGCAGCGAUUUCCACUCCAUACGGUACCAGCAGCCAUUACCCGCCUCACAACUGGCCCUACGCAGAUCCCCGAUAUCCUGAACAGAUCCCAUCAAGCACCACGUCACCAUUCACGGUGUAUGGUGACCAGGGCGUCAGCGUACCUAGAAUGAUGCAAUCUGGUCACUUCCCUCACCAUCACAUGAAUCCUUAUUCUCCCCAUCCAGAGCCAUCAAGCUACCAUUACAAGAGCUGCCCUGAACAACCACUGCAAGUUACCAACUCACUUUGGUCGCACACAACACCGAACGAGUCGUAUUUCCCAGCGAGAGAAUCUUCGUAUGAAAGAGAGAUCUCGUUAACUUCUAAUGUCGUUUCGUGUGUAAUUUCUAACAACUCUCAAUCUCCUUCACUGCCCAGUGAGUUAUCUGCGUGCCGUUACUCCGCAGAUAUUCCUUUGACUUCAACUCCAUCCAAUACUUCAGCUGUUAAUUCAACAAUCGCAGUGGAUUCAACGCAAAUCACAAAAAAUCCUAAGCUAAAGAAUCAAAAGCGAAAAGAUCCAUCGACCCAAGCAGUUGGCUCGACAACAACAAAGCGCCAGCGAACUCAAUACAGCACCUUCCAGUUAAUUGAACUGGAAAAGGAAUUUCACUACAAUUCUUACUUAUGCCGGCCUCGGAGGGCCGAAUUGGCCAAGACUCUCAACCUGAGUGAUAGACAAGUCAAAAUUUGGUUUCAAAAUAGAAGGAUGAAGGAAAAGAAGACAAAAACGACACAGAAAAAUUCCCCCGCCGUGAGUUUAAAAAAAUCAAACGAAGUAGAAGGUGAGCGAAAAGUUGAGCAUAGAGACUGCAUGGCUCACUGUGGCCCGGAAUCCGUACAAUUUUUGAAGAAGGAGAAGAAUUCGGAUAGCAGUUUGAUUCCAGAUCAUAAUCACGCACAGACGAAUCAUGCUCAACAAAACAUGCAUGCAAGCUCUCUAUCCCUGCAGCCUCCGCAACCAUUUUAUCAUUUCGACCAACAACGUGGAGGCAAUGGAUACCUGGGUUUUUCACAGCAGUCUUACCACAGUCACGGAUCUCAUUACGAAAAAUUUACUCAUAAGUCAAAUAUGCGUUACGGGAAUUGCCCUGACGAAGAACUGCAUUUUAACCCUACUCAUAUGAGACCGUGUGCCGACGCUCGAAACUCUUACGGCCUUGCCGGUCCGGAUUCACAAGAAAAAUCGACGGAAAUAAGACACACCACUUUUGAUUCGUAUUCUCGAUAUCAAUAUUCAAAGAAUGAUGCUGUCGGAGAGGCUUUUUCCUACGGCGGUCCUUUUGGAUUUGUGUCUAACAAUUGCUCAUUGACGCUACCAAGUUGCAUGGCCUCAUCUCAAGACGGGCCGAACUAUAUUUCAAAUCCUACGACAUCGGUUCAAUGGGCGCAAGAUCUCCCUCAACACCAAGCGACUAUUAAAACCAACUCAAAAUCUGCUUCACACUCCCCUUCUCCGGUGAACGCGGAGAGCAGUCAUUCUAUCUAAGAUACCUCAUUUCCAGCAAAUAUUUUUUCCCGUGUACCAAUUUCAAGUGUCUAUCGGUAGCGACCGAACGAAACCAUGCUCAAUAAGUCUAUUAUUAAUGAUAUUCAAAAAUUUGCGCAACUUCUAGAAUAUCAUUUUGACAUAUAUUUCAAAACAAUAAUCAUACUCUAUAGAAGAAGGAA